AUGUUACGCUGCGAUGCCCUGUUAGGCAUUGCAUAUACCAUUGAUCCAAUAUACCGUCGAAAUAUCCUCGAACAAUUACUGUGGCUGUUCACUCUCGGCUGUUCGAUCGUCGUCGUUCUAUCGGAAAGCACAGCCUCGAACGAAAAAUCGUUGCGAGCACGUGCAUCAGCGCAGCUCGAGCGAUUAGCCCCCUAUCGAAGAACAUCGACGGACCAAGGGACAAUGGACGAACAGUGGCAGAUGCUGGAAAAUGCGGCCAACGAUCCGGCAAUUAACAAACUCAGCGACCAACAAAUCUUGGAGAUCUAUCGACUUCUUCCAGAAAAUCUACAGAGAGACGUGAUAGAUCGAGUUGGCGGGAAUCGAGCUAUGAUCGAGAUGCUGGCAAACCAGAAAUACGUGGCGUUCAUGCAAGAUAGGAUAAAGCGAUCAGGAUCAAAAAGCGAGAUAUACGACCGUGAUGGAUACGAAUCGCCACCAGACGGAUACACGCACGAGUACACAGGAUACGGGCAUAAUACAUACGGAGAGCACGACGAAGGAAAUUCAGAAUCGUCUGGAUCUGAUUCUGGAUCGAUUCUAAAAGGAUCUGGCAGCCUGAUCGGUGGCAUAGCCAAAGGUAUAAUCAGUGGCCUCGUGAGCGCGUCCAGCAGCGCUUCGAAAGGAUCUUCCUCGAUCUCGGCGCAGAGUUCCCAGACGAGUGCCCAUUCGAGUUCGUCGUCGAGCGACGAUAAACCAAAGCCGAAACCAGAAUAUGGACAAGUUUACUCGUACAACGAUAAGGCGUUCGACAUGUGGGACUUCAAAAAGGCGAUCAUUACCACGUUAAUGCAAGCCGUAAAAGCCGUAAGUGGCGGUGUGAUUGCUUUGAAAGGUCAGCUACUGAAAGGGGGCGCUUACCUUGUCGCGGCCAAGAGCAAAAUUAUCACUAAAACCGGGGAUGCUAUCACGACCUUGGGUCGUAAUAUCGUCAAGAGCGCCGUGCAUCCUCCUCAGCCUCAUCCCGCAUACUUGUACGAUCAUCCUCCGGAAGGUCACGAAGAAAGUUACGACGGACCACCGCCCAGUAUCGAGGAAUAUGGCGAACCUCAUGACGAGUAUCAGGAAAACGGAAAUUAUGACUCAUCCUCGGAUGUUGCCCAGGCGGGCCUUCUAAUCGUGAAACCAACGAAACCGGACGAUUACGGUUACGAUCACCACACAGUGGACGUGGACGCCGAAAAACCUGCGGUAGCACACUCGGAGGACAAUUACUACGGCCCACCACCGGAACUGCCCCACGAAGACAUCGAAAACACCGUGUUAGGAAAUGCAAACAGCUAUCAAAAUUUUAAUCAACACGAUCACAACGUGAAUUCAAAUUCAGUACCGCCGUUGUCCGGCUACGAUCACGUUAAAGGACUCGACUACGCUUCUCUCGCUUCUGGUCCGCUGUCUAUUCAACAGAGCGUCGAAUAUCCACCGAUACACAUUCAAUACUCUCUUCCAGAUAAAGGCAACUUGCAGAUUUUAAACGGAGGUACGAACAACGGCAACGAUCUGUCCGUGUACUCGAGCUUGUCGAUCGACACAGACCCACAGAAAAUAGAGUCGAUUAAAAUAUCCGCGGAGUUGCCCAAGUUGCAGCCGCAUACGAACUUGCAGAAUUUGCCAUUGCUGCCGUACUCUUAUCCGCUGCAAGGACCAUUGAAGAUACCACUGUGGAAUCCGCGUGUCUCGUCGCCGUAUUGGCAAAAUCAGGGAUUGCUUCAGCCGUACGCUAAUUUCAAUCUUCAUGGCUUGUAUCGAAGAAGAAGCAGCUCGCAGAGGAGAAGGUCCGUCAGCGAGAUCGCGCAACGUAUGAGACUGCAACGAGGCUAGAGCCGAAGAAUAGUCGCAGGUAAUUGGAAUCGCGUUAUACCUCGUGAAUAUCCUCCAUCGUGUGUUUACUGGGCACGCGAAGUUUCACGCGAAGCCAUCUCACCAGGAUCUGACGUUGCUGAGAUUGUUCGUGCCGGGUCGCAGCAGCUGACGAGAGACCGGAGUCUGCGAGUUCUCAGUCGUUCGAUCGUAGGCGUGGUGAUCUUUCUAAUUUUCUUUCGCGACUUAUCGAGACUUCGCCACGUCUUCUGUGUCCUGUUUAAUUCCUGAUAUA